GUUUGAUCAUUGCUUUUUAUUUUUUAAAAAAAAUUAUAGUUUUGAAUCAAUAUUAAUGACAAACUCUCUUUUGAAAAGUGAUUGAUGUUAUUGAGGAUAAUGUGGAGUAUGAAGAUGUGUAUAAUUUUUGUCUGACUACAAAAAAAGCAAGUUGUUCCUUUGUUUAUUUCUCCUACUAUUAAAAGUUGAAAAACAAUGGUUAGAAGAGGGAAAAAGAAACUGACUACAAAAUCAUCCGAUAACAUUAAUGAUGAAGCAAAGAAUCAGCAAGUAUCAGCCAGUCCACAAUUUCAUAAUGAAGGUCUCAACAGUAGCAACGAAAAAGAAACACUAAGGUCAAAGACAUCCGCACAAAGAAAUAGCCCAGAUUCGGCUCUGUGGACACCAAUACAGCUUGAGCAGAUGAAACUGUCUAAACAACUCGACAAUUACAUUGAGAGCUUCAAAGUCAAACUUGCACAAUUAAACUUUAGCCCUACAAAUCGAGAGCUUGUCAUUCUAUUCAUAAUGAACCUUCACCCACGUUGGCGACGUUUGGUCGAACCUUUAGAAGUGUGGUGCAAUGAAUGGCUAGAAGCAGCAGCAUUUGCACGGCUUCAUUGCGAGCGUGUCUCAGCUAUUUUAGGCUGUGAAUCAAUUGAUUCAACAAUGGCGAAUAAUAGUGACCUUUUCAGUUCACCAGAAUCAAAAGCGUUACGCGACUCACAUUAUUUUGCCUUUACAGACUGUCCGUCGAAUAUACAGAAGGACAUGUCGUCAGUCGAGCAUCUGUUAUUGAAAAAGGAAACCACUGCAGAACCUGAAGAAGAGAAAGUAAGAGCGCUUUCAGAAACAUCAAUACCAUUGCAUCUUAAAAUUGCAGCGAAAGCGUUUCAGAAACCAAUGAAGCCCUCAAUAUCAUCUUGUAGCUCGGCUUCUAACGCUAGCAAUGCUUCUCAACUUACAACCGUUGACAAUGAUAAUGCGAAGAAAAAUAAAGCAAAGGAAACAACGCAGAGUAAAAGGAAAAAUAAUACGAAUACUUCCGAAUCAUCACAAGCACCGACUGCAAAAGCAGCAACUGCAAUACAGAAAAGCAACAUAUGUCUAGACCAGCAAUCACAAUCACAUAACAAACCCAUGCACGCGGCAUCAAAAAUUGAAUCGAGUAAACAGAGUGAUAUACAAAAAGGAGCAUCAAACUUGAACGUGGAUAAAGCGAAUGAAUCAUCAAUAUUGACAGGUACAUAUCUCAGCGAACAAGACAAAACAAAGGUGGUCCAUCCAUUAACAGCUGCGGCUGCUUUGGCUCAAAAGAUAAAUUUGCCUGUCAUAGAGAGACCUGAAGGAGAUAUCAUCUUCUCCGAAAUUCCUGGACAUCAUAAAAGUGUUAAUUUGGCUUUCUUGGAACUUACAAUUAACCAAAAGAAGGUUCGGGGACUACUAGCGAAAUUAAGCUGGGGUAGUUCGGCUAUAGCCUUGGACUGCGUUAAAAGAUUAGGGUUAGUCAUGGAAUAUAACGAUAUGUUCUGCUUAGAAACAGAUUGGGGAAAUGUAUCAUCUUUGGGAAUUUGUAUGUUACCUAUUCACCAUCCAGCUGAUCCUAGCAUUAGUUCUACCAUGCAAGUUCAGGUUUUACCGUCCAUUUACAAUGAUCUAUCAAAUUUUUAGAGAAAGAAACGCCUUACAUUGUUGACAAAAUUGAAUAAAAACAACUUCUGAAUUUGCAGUGUCUGACAAAUAAGCUACUGGUUCUAUAUUUAUUGCCCCCGUUUUGGUUAACAAAGGAAGCAAUAACAAUAGUUGAUUAUAUAGUUUAACUUAGAACUGCCUGUUUGCCAUCAGUAACGGAUGGAAUGGUUGAUAAACGAGUCUCAAUUUUGCUGUCAAAAUUUAGCGCGUUUUAAAAAGUACAAGUUAUGUGGAGAAGAGUGCACAUGCAUGUUGCCUUGGUUCGCUGACACCGGUACCAAAGCUUGCAACGCUUGCGGUUUUGUAUGGCAGCGCGAUGUACAUGGCAAAGAAUACGC